AUGGAUUUCUCCAACCUCAAAGAACAGGUCAGCAACCUGACGUUGUAUGAUCUCAAGGCGGGAGUCCGCAAGGUCCAGAAUGCGGUCAUGAACUAUACCGAGAUGGAGGCCAAGGUCCGAGAAGCUACAAACAAUGAACCUUGGGGCGCUUCGAACACACUUAUGCAUGAGAUUGCCAGUGGAACCCAUAGCUAUCAAUUGCUCAACGAGAUCAUGCCUAUGAUUUACAAGCGCUUCACAGACAAGACAUCGGAGGAAUGGCGACAGAUCUACAAGGCGCUCCAACUUCUAGAGUUCCUUGUCAAGAACGGAUCCGAACGAGUCGUCGACGAUGCCCGCUCUCACAUGUCCUUGAUUCGGAUGCUUCGCCAAUUCCACUACAUCGACCAGAACGGAAAAGACCAGGGUAUCAACGUGCGCAACAGGUCAUCGGAGUUGGUGAAGCUGCUCGGUGACGUCGACUUGAUCCGCUCGGAGAGGAAGAAGGCCAGGGCCAACCGCAACAAGUUUGGUGGAUUUGAGGGUGGCUCGCACAUUGGCGGUGGCAUGUCCAGCUCUAGCUCCGGCAGGUAUGGCGGCUUUGGCAGUGACAGCCUCUCAUUUGGCGGGUACAGUGGAGGUGUCUACGGUGACGGUGGUGGAUUCGGAGGCAACACAGGCGAUUUCGGGGACUCCGGGAGACGUUCCAAUCGCUUCGAGGAAUAUGACGAGUAUGAUGAGGCCGAUGCUAGUCCCCCGCGCCGGCGCGGGCCCAGCCCUCCCCGUGCUAGUGCUACUCGCCAGGCUAAACAGCCGGCCGCUCCUGCUCCUAAGGAACCCGAGCAAGACUUGUUCGACUUUGGAGAGGAGGAGACUGUCACGACAUCUGUCAGCGCUUCCAAGAAGCCUGCCACAGGCAAUGGCCUAGAUAUCCUCGACACCCAGCCUGCUGACGACGACGACUUUGACGAUUUCCAAUCCGCCACGCCUGCGCCUGCGCCGGCAUCGUCAGCCCAGUUUGCCAUUCCCCCGCCGGCCUCCACUGUCAGCACGACCUCCAGCACGCAGUUCGCUGCCCCCAAGCCAGUCUCGGCCACCCAGGGCUCAAACCUGAACGGCAUUGUAGGCUUCACCUCGAUGACCCCUACCCCGACCUCGAGCACGAUGGCGUCUCCCACACUCUCCCAGAGCUCCCUGGCACAGUCCCAGAAACCCGCGCAACCCAAGCCUAGUGGCUUCCAGGCGGCCACUCCCAACUACUUCACCUCUGUUUCUACUCUCUCCAACACGACUCAACAACCUGCUAUGGGUCACCGCCCCAACAUGCCUUCCACCUCCUCUUUCACUUCCACCACGCCCUCUACCCCUUCUGCCGCCAACAAGCCCGCUGCCCCCAAGGCAUCCGGUGACGUCUUUGGAUCUCUCUGGUCCAGCGCCAGCGCCAGCGCCGGUAUUCAGAAGAACAACACGGGCGGAAACAAGGGCCCUAACCUAGCCAGCAUGGCCAAGCAAAAGGCUAGCGCCGGCAUCUGGGGCGCUCCCGCUGCUUCAGGCAGUCCUGCAUUCAACCAGAGCAGCAGCAGCGGGGCGCCGAAGACAACGGGAAGCUCUGGCCUAGACGACCUACUGGGCUAG